ACGCCGACGGUGGUCACCGUUUAUGUUUCCAACCAUUUGGUAUUGCUCACAGCGACGAGCAAGUCUCGCGCCACAACAACGCUUACCAUUAAAUAUUGUAUGUAAAGUGACGUAGUGACAUGGUUCUGGCCAAAAGAUCAAAGACUUGGGCUAGCAAUGAUGAAUAUCCCCAAACGAAGCCUAGUGAGGCCCGUGGUGGUGAGGUGUAUGCGAUCACUAAAUUAGAGGAAGUCAAGGAGAAGCUAGAACAGAAUUUAAAUGAACCAAGUGCACAUAGACAGAAACCCUCUCGGCGCUUUUAUGUCAGAGCCAGGUUUUGGUUUCCACUGGGCAUUCUCAUCGGCGUGAUUUUGGGCUUUGUUCUCAUCCAACCUGCCGAUAUUCACGACAUGCACGCCCAAUUACUACUUUAUAUGGACGAAUACGACAUCUCACUUACACUCCCGGAUAUAGACUUGUCGCGUGUGGAGACAGAAUGGCAGCGUCUGCGAAGUAAUAUACCGGAACUGUGGAAGCUUAAUAAUGACGGACGAGAGUUUAAAGUAGGGGAAGAUAUCAAAGCCAGAGGUCUGUCGGCGAACUAUCCCAUAGUCUUGGUGCCAGGCAUUGUGUCCACAGGGUUGGAGUCUUGGUCAACAGCCCCAGAAUACCGCACAUUUUUUCGCGAGAAGGUGUGGGGUGGGUUCAACAUGAUUUCUCAAGUAACUUUCAACCGCGACAAAUGGAUAUCUGCAAUGAUGCUCGAUCCAAUCACGGGGCUAGACCCCCCAAAUGUUAAAGUAAGAGCAGCAGAGGGCAUUGGUGCUGCAAGCAGUUUCAUCCAGGGUUUUUGGAUCUGGUCCAAAAUCGUAGAGAAUCUUGCUGUUGUGAAUUAUGAUACCAACAAUCUACAUUUGGCCCCUUACGACUGGCGAUUAUCAUACUGGAACCUCGAAGAAAGAGAUGGAUAUUUCUCAAGAAUGAAAUCGACAAUUGAAGGACUGAAGAAGCGUCAAAACAAGAAAGUCGUUAUUGCUGCACAUUCAAUGGGAAGCACCGCGAAAGCUAUGGCUGCAUUCCUAUCAGGUGAGAUGAAGGACACCGUGCAGAUGAACCCUGCUGGUGCAUAUGUUCUCGAAAAAUUCUUUUCUAGAAAAGAACGUCAGAAACUGUUCCGUAGCUGGGCAGGCAGUGCUAGUCUAUGGAUAAAGGGGGGAAGAGAGGUGUGGGGAAAUCAGACCUGGGCCCCGGACGAUGAGCCAAAUUCAACCCACACUCAUGGUGAACUUAUCGCCUUUCGUCAGGCUCUGCUAGAUAUGGAUGCGUUUGCUCAAGAUUCUAAGAACAUGACCGCAGAUGAGGCGGGGACGUGGAUCAUGGAACGCACACCUUCCAGUUUCCAGAAAAUGCUUGGAACUAAUUACUCAUUUGACAUUGAACGAGAUGAAGAAGUAUUAAAACGUAAUGAUAUUGAUCACACGAAAUGGACAAACCCCCUGGAAAUCAGGUUACCCAAUGCACCUUCCAUGAAAUUCUACUGCGUUUAUGGCCAUGGAAAGGAGACCGAGAGAUCAUAUUGGUAUGCCCAUGGACCCCACGAACAGGACGAAAACUUCGCAGAAGCAGAGUACCCCAUGUGCACAGAUCCUUCCAACGACAGCUGUAGUACGCCGCAAACGCCCCUUGAUAUUCCAUUGGCACGGAAUAGUUGGAUAGAUGCAGAGUAUACAGAUGAGAAUGCCAUUCCAAAGGUCCGUAAUGGGGUGAAUAUGGGCGAAGGAGAUGGAACAGUCAGUUUACUGAGUCUGGGUGCCAUGUGUGUGGAAGGUUGGAAAAGGCCCAGGUGGAAUCCUGCCGGAAUCAAGAUCACUACUGUUGAGCUGCCUCAUCGUCCCGUGUCAAAUAUCCCACGUGGAGGAGCUAAUACCAGCGAUCACGUCGACAUUCUUGGCUCCACCGGAUUGAACGAGAUCAUCCUGAAAGUUGCUACGGGAGUCGGGCACGAGAUCGAAGACAACUAUGUAUCUCGCAUUAGGGAAUAUGCCCAACGGAUACAGUGGGAUUAGCCUUUAGCCAUUCCUUCUAAUUCUUCAGAUAGUAUAACACGAUAAAGAUAGAGAUACAACUCUUUUAUGAUCGCAAGACGAAUGUCCUUACUUUCUAGCACGAGUCGGACGAGUAAUGCGCACGACUGAUACAAUGGCUUGUAUUUUUUU